AAUAGCAUAAACAAAAUCACUCCAACUAAAUACUCCUAUAGUUUUCUUACUUUCCUUCUUAUCAAACCAUUUACAAACAUGGUGACACCAAAAAAGAGCCUCUCAACAGAUUUAAAUGCUAGAAGAAUAGGUUCAGGACCAGAAACAAUAGUUUUAUGUCAUGGUUUUGGAACAGACCAGUCUAUAUGGAACAAAGUUGUUCCUCUUUUAGCUGAAAAUUACAGUGUAGUUUUAUUUGAUUGGCCAUUUUCUGGAGCUAUUACAAAUAAAAGUCUUUAUAGUCAUUCCAAAUAUACUUCCUAUGAACCUUAUGCUGAUGACUUAAUCACUCUUAUGGAUGAGAUGGACCUCAACUGUAUCACUUUUGUAGGACAUUCUAUGUCUGCUAUGAUAGGUUGCAUCGCUUCCAUUAAAAAACCUGAGCUCUUUAAAAAGAUCAUUCUUCUUUGUGCUUCCCCAAGGUACAUAAAUACAGAUGACUACAUAGGAGGCUUUGAGAGAUCAGAUAUUGAGAACUUAAUCUCAACCAUAAACUCUCAAUAUGAAAUAUGGGUUUCAGCAUAUGGUCCUAUUGCAGUGGAUUCAAAUGAUGCUGACUCUGUUGAAAAAUUCCAAAAAUGCUUGAAAAACAUGGGUGGUGAAGUUGCAAUUUCCUUGGCAAAAACUGUAUUUUUGAGUGACUAUAGAGAUAUGGUUGAAAAUGUUGAGAUACCUUGCACAAUCAUUCAGUCAAGUAAUGAUGUGGGAGUUCCACUAAGCAUAGGGCACUACUUGAAUGAGAAAAUUAAAGGGGUGUCUAAUUUAGAGUUUAUAGAUAUGAUUGGUCAUUUUCCUCAAUUAACAGCUCAUAUUAAGUUGGUUGAGGUGCUUAAGGGUAUUGUGGGUUAAGCUUUAUUUUAUUUAUUUAAAUGAAUUUGGUGCAUGUCAUCUAAAUUUAUCUUCCCUUUUGUCAAGAGUUUCAUUCUCAAGUAUGUAUGUGACAUCAC